AUGCCAGUUCUGGACCGAGAGCCCUCCAAAGAGUCAGGAGGCGGAGAUGGUCUGCCGAAGCUGCCGCUCCCCACCCUGAAAGACACACUGGAGAUGUACCUGAGAUGCAUGAAGCACCUGCUCACAGAGGAGCAGUUUGACCAGACCCAAAAUACAGUGAAGCAGUUUGGAGCCCCUGGAGGGGUGGGGGAGCUACUACAGAGCAAACUCAUGGAGAGGAGAGAGAACAAAGCAAACUGGGUGUACCACUACUGGCUGAAUGACAUGUACCUGAACAACCGACUGGCUCUGCCCGUCAACUCCAGUCCUGCCAUGGUCUUCCCGCAGCAGAACUUCAAGGCUCCUAUCGACUCCUUAAGGUUUGCUGCUCACUUAAUUUCUGGAGUUUUGGAGUACAAGACUCUUCUUGAUGCCCGCGCGUUGCCUGUGGACUAUGCUCGAGGCCAGUUGGCUGGAACCCCCCUGUGCAUGGAGCAGUACUAUCGCCUCUUCACUUCCUACCGCUUACCAGGGCCUGAGAGGGACACACUGGUGGCCCAGGAGAGCAGCGUGAUGCCAGAACCUGAACACAUCAUUGUGGCUUGUAAAAACCAGUUCUUUGUGAUGGAUGUGGUGAUCAACUUCCGGCGUCUGAACGAAAGAGACCUGCUGACUCAGCUGGAGAAAAUAGUCAAGAUGGCUGAGAGCGAAGAAGAGCGGCUCCCACCUAUAGGCCUCCUCACUUCAGACGGACGGACAGAGUGGGCCGAGUCCCGCAGUGUGUUAAUGAGAGAGUCGACCAACAGAGACUCCCUGGACAUGAUUGAGCGUUGUCUGUGUCUGGUCUGUCUGGAUGACGCCAGUGGUCCUGAGCUCAGUGAAUCCACACGUGCCAUGUUGAUGCUGCACGGAGGCGGCGUGGCCAAGAAUGGAGGAAACCGCUGGUAUGACAAGCCCAUGCAGUUUGUUGUAGGAGCCGACGGCUGCUGUGGAGUCGUGUGUGAACACUCACCAUUCGAGGGAAUCGUCCUGGUGCAGUGCACAGAGUAUCUCCUGAAAUACAUGAUUGGAAGUCCAUCAAAGCUGGUCAGGGCUGCCAGUGUGAGUGAGCUGCCUGCACCACGCAGACUCCGCUGGAAAUGCACUCCAGAGGUUCACAAGCUCCUCACGUCUUCUGCUGACAAACUCCAGAGGCUGGUGAGAAAUCUGGACAUGAACGUCCACAAGUUCUACGAUUACGGGAAAGAGUUCAUCAAGAAGCAGAAGAUGAGCCCAGAUGCCUACAUCCAGGUUGCUCUUCAGUUGGCCUUCUACCGGUGUCACGGCAGACUGGUGUCGACGUACGAAAGCGCUUCUAUACGUCGUUUUCAGGAAGGCCGAGUAGACAACAUUCGCUCAGCCACACCCGAAGCACUGGCCUUUGUCAAAGCAAUGACUGAUGGGAAACUCAGCACAAGCGACACAGAGAAGAUGGAGAUGUUACGAGGUGCCAUAAAUGUGCAGACAAAGUAUACUAUUCUGGCUAUUACAGGGAUGGCUAUAGACAAUCACCUACUAGGACUACGAGAAAUUGCACAUGAAAUGAAGAUAGAGAAGCCGGGAUUAUUUAAAGACGAAGCCUAUCUCAUCAGCAAUCAGUUCAUUCUCUCUACAAGUCAGGUCCCGACCACUGUGGAGAUGUUCUGCUGCUAUGGACCCGUGGUUCCAAACGGAUACGGCGCCUGCUACAACCCUCAGUCAGACCACAUUAUCUUCUCCGUGUCCAGUUUCCGCGAGAGCCCACAGACGUGUUCAGCAGAAUUCGUAAAGUCCUUGGUGCAGGGACUCCUGGACUUGAGGGAUCUGUGCAGUAAAUGCAACUCUGGCUCCAAACCAACCGAGCAGAGAAAGGCUCAGACGCUGGACACGCACACACAAACGGAGACAAACUGGCAGAACAAAACCCCGCAGAGACAAUCUGACUCGACCAAGAAUCAGCAAACAGUUCCACAGGUUCUGGUGAAGACACCAGACCAGACUAACGUAGAGGCCCAGACCCAGACGUCAUCACAGGGAGAGGCUUUGAAGAAUGGAAGCAAAUCUUAG